AUGAUAAAGAAAGGAAUGAAAUUAGGACAUAAUGAAAUAAUGAUAGUAUCAAAAUAUUUUGAUAGCAUCAAUGAUUUUAUUAAUUUAGAAAUUGGAAUUAAAAGAUUUCAAGGAAAUAUAGAACGAUUUCAUUUUAAUCCAAUUCCAUUAAAUGAACAUUCAAGAAAAUUAUUUUCUAAUAUUGAAACAUUUCAUAUUUAUGAUAGAAAGGAUAAAAUAUUUGAAGAUGGGAAAAUAAAUAAAAAAGUAAUAUGGUAUAAAUUAAAAUAUUCAACAUACUUAGAAGAAAAACAAAAAGGGAACAUUUGUGAAAAUAUUGCAUAUACCAAAUCAGAUAUGAUGAAGUAUAAAAACAAAAUACCAUCAGAAGUUAAAUCACUUGAUGAAUUCAAAUCAUUAACAUCAAUUACUAUCCCAACGACAAUAACUAAAAUAGAGUGUUGUUGUUUUCUUGCAUGUGAUUCAUUACGAAAUAUGAAUAUAGAUAAUCUCCAAUUUGUUAGUAAAGAAAGAAUAUUUAUGAAUGAACCAACAUUAAUUAGCAUUAAAAUACCAGAAAGUCUACAGACAAUCAAUGGAAAAGAAGUACAAAAGAAAGACAUUAAUGAAUUUAUUAUUCCAACAACAAUUACUAAAUUAGGAAAUGAAUGUUUUUCAGGAUGUUCAUCAUUAACAACAAUUACUAUCCCAACAACUAUUAUUGAAAUAGGAAGUAGUUGUUUUAAUGAAUGCAUAUCAUUAAUAUCUAUUAAUAUACCAUCUUUAAUUAAUACAAUAGCAGACAGUUGUUUUUAUGAAUGUAUGUCAUUAACUAAUAUUAUGUUACCAUCAUUAGUUACUAAAUUAGGAUGGAAUUCUUUUGAAAGAUGUACUUCAUUAAAAGAAAUUAAUAUUCCGUCGUUAGUUAGUGAAAUAGGAAUGCAUUGUUUUAGUGAUUGUAUAUCAUUGACAUCAGUAAACAUUCCAGCGUUAGUUAGUAAAUUGCCUUGUUAUUGCUUUUGA